UCAUGUUCGGUGGAGCCAUUCCUAUGGCCCCCGUCACGGGUUUCCCAUUGCUUAUUGGGAUGAAUACCGAGUGCUUAAACUCAAUUCAUUUGUGUCGAAGAUAGGUGGUUACUGGAAAGGACAGAUCCCUUUCGUGAAGCCCAUGUACCAGCCUUUUGUGACUGUCUUAAGAAAGAAAGAGGAUGGGUCUAGCUCGACCACCGGCUGCAACUGCAUCCUAAGGGAUAAGAUGCGACAGAGAUGAGAAGUUGGAUGCCUCUCAUGUUGCAAUGAAAAGAGAAAUAGACCAGUUUCAGAUUGAAGUGUCCUAGAAGAUUGAUAAGGAGAUUGCCAAUCUUAUGCAAAGCGUUUUGCAAGACUUGUUGAAAACUAUCAUGGAGAAAGAGGAGUGGCGACAUGGAAGUGUGUCAAAGUUAGGGAAGGACAAGGAGCGACAUGGAAGUUUGUCGAAGGUAGGGAAAGACAAGGAAGAUCAAUGUAAUGAGAAGGAUAAAGAUUUAGGAGCCAAGGAGAUGGGCAAUGUUAAUGAUGAGGAGGUUGAGGAGGAAGAACAAUUGAAUGAAAACACAGAUGAGAAGGUGGAUUGUGGAGAAGAAGAUGACAUGGAGGUUCCACAAGCUGAACAGCCUGCGGAAAAUGUCGAUGGUCAUAAUUCCUUAGAAAUUGAGAAGAUGGUUGAGGAGCUGGCCAAUAUUAAGGUAAAGUCUUCUCAAAUUUCUGAGAAGUCUGUGGCAGUUGAUGAAGAUUAGCAUCACAAGAUAGUAAUGCAUGGAGGGCUACUAAGGUUGUGUCACUAAGCAAAGUGGUUUCUGCUGCUCGGUUGCUCACACCCAGUUACAAGAAGGCUCUGAAGAAGUUUAAUUCUACUAAGGGUAGGAGUGUAGGGCCCUUUUACUUGAGAAAUCGAGUAAUCAGUGAUGAUUUCGAGCUGGCCAUAUUUGUAUUCGGAGAUGGGUUGGACG